CCUUCCGCCGCCGCCGCCGCGGAGGGGAGGACGCGGCGGGCCGCCGUGAGGGGAGCGGAGCGGAACGGAACGCCGAGCCCAGUCCAGCAGCGCGGAGCGGCGGCGGCCCCCGCCGCCCGGGACAACCGGAAGAAAAUGAACCUGAAAUCUGAACGCAGAGGAAUUCACGUUGAUCAGUCAGAGCUACUGUGCAAGAAGGGAUGCGGUUACUACGGCAAUCCUGCUUGGCAGGGAUUUUGCUCCAAGUGCUGGAGAGAGGAAUACCAUAAGGCCAGGCAGAAACAGAUUCAAGAGGACUGGGAGCUGGCAGAGCGGCUUCAGCGUGAGGAGGAAGAAGCAUAUGCCAGUAGUCAGAGUACCCAAGGGGCGCAGUCGCUGACCUUUUCAAAAUUUGAAGAAAAGAAAACCAAUGAGAAAACCCGAAAGGUCACUACUGUGAAGAAGUUCUUCACUGCUUCUUCCAGAACAGGAGCUAAGAAGGUGGCUCAAGAGAAAAUCGUUAAGCAAGGACAGCUUGGGAGGGAGCGAAAUGCUGAUAACAUUCUCAGGGAUUUGAAGGAAAUUUUCACUCCCUCCUGGGAACUGGCUUCCCCUACUGAAGUCUUGGCUGGCAAGUUGAAAGAGAUCCAAGAAGCCAAGGCUCCCAGCCCUUCCAUAAACAGGCAGGCUAGCAUCGAGACAGAUCGAGUAUCCAAGGAAUUCAUAGAAUUUCUCAAGACCUAUCAUAAACCUGGACAAGAUAUCUAUAAGCAAUGUAAACUGUUUUUGGACACAAUGAACCAUAAAAGGGACUUAAGUAUUGAGGAGCAAUCUGAGUGUGCCCAGGACUUCUAUCAAAAUGUAGCAGAGAAAUUACAGACACGCUGGAAAGUGCCCCCUGAAAAAGUUGAGAAAGCAAUGGAUCAGAUUGAAAAAUACAUUAUGACUCGACAGUAUAAAUACGUCUUUUGUCCUGAAACAACUGAUGAUGAGAAGAAAGAUCUUGCUGUCCAAAAGAGAAUCAGGGCUUUGCACUGGGUAACUCCACAAAUGCUGUGUGUUCCUGUCAAUGAAGAGAUUCCAGAAGUCUCCGAUAUGGUUGUAAAAGCAAUUACAGAUAUUAUCGAAAUGGAUUCAAAGCGUGUCCCUCGUGAUAAGUUAGCAUGCAUCACCAAGUGCAGCAAGCAUAUAUUUAAUGCUAUUAAAAUCACAAAAAAUGAACCAGCUUCUGCUGAUGACUUUCUUCCAACACUUAUAUACAUUGUUUUGAAGGGAAACCCGCCCCGUCUGCAGUCCAACAUCCAGUACAUAACACGCUUCUGCAAUCCAAGCAGGCUAAUGACAGGAGAAGACGGCUACUAUUUUACCAAUCUGUGCUGUGCUGUGGCCUUCAUUGAAAAACUGGAUGCUCAGUCUUUAAAUCUAAGCCAAGAAGAUUUUGAUCGUUUUAUGACUGGUCAGACAUCCCCGAAGAAGCAAGAAUCUGACAGUUUUUCACCUGAUGUGUGCCUGGGUGUUAAGCAAAUGUAUAAAAACUUAGACCUACUAUCUCAGUUGAAUGAGAGACAGGAAAGAAUUGUCAAUGAAGCCAAGAAGCUCGAGAAAGACCUAAUAGAUUGGACUGAUGGAAUUACAAAGGAAGUCCAAGAUAUUGUUGAGAAAUAUCCAUUAGAAAUAAAACCAAAAAAUCAAGCCUUAGCAGCUAUUGACUCUGAAAAUGUGGAGAAUGACAAGCUACCCCCACCGCUGCAGCCUCAGGUUUACGCGGGAUAAUUAUCAGUGUUAACUUUGAAAAGCAUCAUUGUCCUCACCUAGUACUAUCUGCUACUUGGGAAGGGAAGUAAAUUUAAGGCUAAAAAUCAGAUGAGCUUAAAUCAGUACAUUUUUAAAGGUACAUUUUUUGUUAAGUGUAUUGUUAAUUGUAUUUAUUUUAGUCAAGUAGAUUUCUAUUAGGCUUUUGUGGGUUUUUGAACGGAAUUGACAUUUUCUACACAAACCGGUGUAAUUUUUAAGCAACGCUAGUCCCUUGACAUCUUUCCUGAGAGCUUCCUUCUAGGCAUGCACUUACUUGUUUUUAAUAAUUAGUUUAACUUAAAGAAUUUGAGUUCCAGCAGAAACUCAAAAGUUACCAAUGUUAGUCUGAAUUUAUUCUGUAGCUGUAAAGAUGAACUAUAUAUUGUAAAAUAUGUAAAAUUGUAAAUAGAUUUAAAAUCUAAUGUCUCAACUGUGCAUGACAUCUUGUGUAUGAGUGAAAAUGAUAUAAAAGUAUUCAUUUAGCACCUUUCAGUUAAAUCACAUCGCAGUAUAAAGGCAAGUACAUUGUUACUGUUGCAGUAAGCUAGAUGGUAUAACUGAUGAAUUACAGUCAGAGAAGAUAUCGUUGUAACGAUUUGAAAACUUGACAUUCGUCUCGAAAUCUGCUCUGUAAAAAAAAAAUAGCACUUUUUAAAAUACGACAUUUCUUCAUGUAAAUCUUCUCUCUGCUUUGUCAGUACACCUGAUAGCCUUCGGUGGUGCACGUAAGUGCUGGUAUUACCAAUUUCAAAGAGAACGUUCAGCCAAGCUUCAGAAAGGAAGGAAAUAUUUUUAUUAAAAAUUGCAUAAUGUGGAACAAAAAGGGGGUGGGGAGGAGUUAGCGCAAGAGUUGCACCAAAAGUGGCUUUCUUUUUCUGGCAUUGCCUAGUGAGUUCCAUCGGUGGGCUAGGUCUUGAUUAUUUUUUUGACAAUCCUGGUAGAUAAAUAAGUUCAUAUAAUGAGAGGCUGCUUUUUAGAAGAGGCACGAGCCGUUGCUCUGAGCAGAAAAGUGCACUUUAUUUUCAGGAAACAUCAGUCUUCUGAUCUUUAGUGACCCCCCCCCCCCUCAGCAAAGGGAGUUAUCUUGCAAAAGUAUUGAACGUUGAGGUAAACGUUGACUUUAAGGCACUAGAAGUUGAAUGGGUGUAUUUCAAGGUAAGAAUAAUAGCUCAUUCCACAAAAAGUAACCUCUUGACAAUAUAACUUUUUUAUGCCAGUGAAACAUUUUCUAUAUCAUUUUAAAUAUCUUCCAGUUAAUCCAGUCUGCCGUGAUGUGUUUGUGUACCUGAGAUAUCUAACAUAAAGCUACUUAGCUUGAACUACUCUUAAGCAAUGCUAAAUUCUUACCAUCAAGGAGGAAAGUACCUACCUCUUUAUUAUGUUCCACUGCUUUAAAAACACUGCUGUUCUAAAUUCGCACUGCAAUAAUUUCAGACCACAACUGUGAUUUGUCCCUUUUUGUCAAACGUAUUUAGCCUUACGAACUAUGCAUUCCUAGUGUUUCGGAGAGAACCAGUUACCCAAAACUCCACUGCUGAGGUGAAGCAAUGAGCUGAUCGGAUGAUCGCGAGAAAUUAGGUUAUUUAAUGUAUCCAUGUGUCACUGCGCCCAAAUUGCUUAGGACCUGACCAGUGCUGGCAGUAAAUAAUACUGUAAAGUCUUUAUUUUCUUUACAAACACUAGGUGCUACUUCUGAUAUCCAGGUACACAGGUUUUCCUGAGGAGGAAAAAAAACAAAAAAGCAAACUCGGAGCUAUUGUGUAAAUUCCGAUGUUUAAAUAAAAGUGUGUACAUUA